AUGUUUUUGCACCAGAAAAGGCUGAUCUCACCUAAGCUGAACCGACCCGUUACACGUGGCAGCACCAACCUGCGGAGAAAACGUCAGCAGAACCGGGAAAGUUCUCUAAGGGCAGCGACAGGCCUGACUGCGCCCCCACCUCGGACUCGCUUCAGCCUCUGGACCCACGACAGGCGUGUCCAUGAGCAGCGCCACGCGGGCAGCCUCCGCGUGCACUUCCACCCCGGCCGCGGGUUAUAUUAUCGGCGACAAGUGGAUUCCGGAGCCCGGCGGCGGCUCCGCCCCAGGCCCGGGCCGCCCUACCUGGAAACACCGCCGCCGCCGCCGCCGCCUACGGAAAACGGCUGCCUCUCCUCCACCCCCGGCCCGUCACACAGCAGCCCAAAGCGGCAGCCGGCGUUCCUCAGGGGCCUGAGCGAAGCUGACCGCCAGCGCCACUCGGAGACGGGAUCGGCCAGCGAAGCCUCGAAGGCCCGGAAUCGCAGGCCCUCAGAGAGCAGGCGUCCCACCUACCCCGGCCGCCCGCCUCAGGCUGUUCGCCGUCCCUCGGGACCCGGGCCCGAGCGCCAACCGGAAGCGGAAGUGACGCGCCCCGGGCCUCGCGCAGCCGCGCCCCAGCGACCCUUGUCCCCUGGCUGGGUGGUCGCGGCUCCGCAGCUUCUCGCCGCGGAGGGACCGGCUGCCUUCCCCGGCUCGGCCCAGGAGGCAGUGGAAGGGUUAAGGCCACCGAAUCCCCGGGCCCGCCGAAGCCUAGAUAGGAGCCUGGAACGGCUCGUCGCGGGCGUGCCGCAGUCUCGGUCCCCGCUCCGCGUCGCUCUGGGGCUCCCGGCGGCAAUAGCGCCGGGAGCCCCGCCCGGUAAGGAUCGCCGCCCCGGGCGUCGAGGGGCCGCCUCUCACCCGCGCGCGCCCUUCUCGGGGCUUCCUGCGGCCGGGCCCGUCGCCGCCGCCGUCUCGAGGCAGAGGCAGAGGCAGUGUUGUCCCGCACAGGCCCCUCGCGGCGUGGCACCGUUUCCUGGUUCGCGUGGCGCGACCCUCAGAACUCCUCCCCUGGAAUGGAUAAAAGUGGCAGUUUUUGUUUCUUCCCAUGUGGUUGUGUAACUGGAGUGAGAAUGAUGAAACUAAUCUAGAGUAGGACAUUUCUAAGGACCUGGAAUGGCACUGGGCAGUACCAAGAGGAUCUCAAAGGAAUAUUUGAGGGCACAGAGCUGUGGAAAACUUUCCUAACAGAAGGAUUUAUAGGAAAUAAUUGAUCAGAAACACCAGUAAAGAAAACUUAAAUUUCUUCAGGCAGUGGAGAAGUUGAGUCUUGGUUCAAAUUAAGCAAAAUCUACAUUGAAGAGAAAUCAAAGUCUUAAAUACAGGAAGUAUGCUACUUGACACCCUCCUGUAAAUUUAGAGAACCAGUGAAAGAUAUCUUUUUAAUGUUUUAACUAUGGGAAAAUUCUUGUAAAACUUUUUUGGAUUCAUCUCUAAGAAUUGCCAUGAUUCUGAAACUUGACAUAUCCCAAAUAUGGAACAGUUUCAAUGAAAAAUAACACUUGAGAAUACACCAGAGGUACACAAGGAAGAAGAUAUGAGAGUGCAAAGUGCCAUGGACAAAAAAAAAAAUUACUUACAUACUUGCAGAUUACCU